ACAAAUAUUUGCACCCGGGUCAAUCAGCCCUCCUGCCUCGCCCCCACCUAAACCCUCCCUCCGCCCCCUAAGGCAGCUCCGCGAACCCCAUAGCUGCUCAGGAGGGCGCAUGGGACUCCGGCGAUGGGCAGGUGGAGGCUGAUGUGGCGGGCCUGGGGCCGCACGAAACCCCCGGGACUGAGAUCCGCGACACUCCACUGCAGGCAUGCCUCGUCCUUCUCGCUCCCUCGCCAGCCCCUGCCGUCGCUGGCGGAGACCACGGCCCGGUACCUGCGCUCCCUGGAGCCGCUGGUGAGCCCAGAGGAGCUGGAGCAUACGCAGAAGCUGCUGGCUGAGUUCGUGGUGCCUGGCGGAGAUGGCGAGAGGCUCCAAGCACGGCUGCAGCGCCGGGCGGACCGCAUGGAGAACUGGAUCACAGACUGGUGGGUUCAGUCAGCCUACCUGGAAAGCCGCCUGCCACUGGCUGUUCACUCGAGCCCUGCUGUCGUGUUGCCGAAGCAGGAUUUUAAUGAGUGGAAAGGACAAUUGAGGUUUGCUGCAAAGCUCAUUGCUGGUGUGUUGGAUUUCAAGGCAAAGAUUGACCACCAGACCCUGUUAGUCGAAUAUUCCCGAGGCUACCCUCUCUGUAUGGAGCAAUAUUCCCGCAUCUUUGCCUCGUGCAGGCUUCCAGGGCCUAAACACGAUUCCGUCUUGCUGCCUCCACCCGGCCGAAGACCGCCUACGUACAUCACGGUAGUCCGCAACUUCCAGUUUUUCCAACUUGAAGUGUACAACAGCGACGGGACGCCUCUCACUGUUGACCAGCUGCACUGGCAGCUCCAGCGAAUCCGUGCGCAGUCUUGGAAGACCGAUAAGGAGCCCCUGGGGGUGCUAACUAGUGACCACCGACACACAUGGGGACAGGCCUACACCACUCUCAUGAGAGACAAGCUGAACCGGGAAUCGGCCCGUGCCAUUCAGCGCAGCCUCUUCACCGUCUGCUUGGACGCUCCCAUCCUGAAAGUCUCGGAUGCGCUGGCGAGCAGCCGCCUGGCAGCACAGAUGCUGCAUGGCGGAGGCAGCUACUCCAAUAGCGGCAAUCGGUGGUUCGACAAGACUCUGCAGUUUAUUGUGGGAGAAGACGGCUCCUGUGGGGUGCUUUAUGAACAAGCCGUUGCUGAAGGACCACCGAUCGCCACCAUCAUAGACCACGUCCUUGACUACUGCAAAGAUCCUGUCCCAGUCCGCGCCCCGCUGAUACCUCUGCAGUUGCCCAAAAAACUCUACUUCUGUUUCACUCCAGAAAUCAAGCGCGACAUCGAACAUGCCAAACAGAACCUGGACAUUCUCAUCACCGACCUGCACAUCAGCUGUUUCACUUACUGCGGGUUUGGCAAGGAGCUUCUCAAACGCCUUAGGCUGAGCCCAGACUCCGUCCUGCAGGUGGCACUGCAGCUAGCCUAUUACAGGGCACAUGGGGAGCUGUGCGCAACCGCCGAGUCGGCCUCUCUCCGUCGCUUCCACCGUGGCCGGACGGAGACCAUUCGCUCCACUACCUCUGCCGCACUGGCCUUUGUCCGAGCUAUGGCUGACGACGACUGUCAGGCUCCGGAAAGAUUGUCUUUGCUGAAGAAAGCAGCCGAGGUCCACAGCACCCUCACAGAGCAGGCUCUGGCUGGGCAAGGCAUCGACCGCCAUUUGCUGGGAAUGAAGCUGGAGGCCAUUGCUGAUGGCUUCCGGGUGCCGGAGCUUUUCAUGGAUACAUCCCACGCCGUGGCAUCUUACUGGAAACUCUCCACGGGACAGGUAGCUGCCCGCACGGAUUGUGUGAUGUGCUACGGGCCUCUAGUCCCCGACGGCUAUGCUGUCUGCUACAACCCCCUGCCUACCCAUGUUAACUUUGCUGUCACUGCCUUCAAUUGUUGCCAGGAGACCAAUGCUGAGCACCUGGCUGGGAGCAUCCAGAAGGCCCUGGAUGAUGUGGGAGCUUUGCUGGGGAACCGGGGAGUUGGGAGCGAUCAAAGGCAACCUUGAGAAGACACUCCUCACCUUGGGACCCGAGAGAAGAUCCUCUCUGCCUCAAAGCAACACUUACCACCCAUAAUUCCAAACACCUCAGGCCAAAAAUCUGUGCUCUACCACCCCUUUGUGCCAAAGCUUAUUAUCCUCUAGCCCAGGCAUCUCCAAACUGCGGCCCUCCAGAUGUUUUGGCCUACAACUCCCAUGAUCCCUAGCUAACAGGACCAGUGAUCGGAGAAGAUGGGAAUUGUAGUCCAAAACAACUGGAGGGCCGAAGUUUGGGGAUGCCUGCUCUAGCCUCCAGAUGCUUUUGGCCUACAACUCCCAUGAUUCCCUAGCUAACAGGACCAGUGGUCAGGGAAUCAUGGGAAUUGUAGUCCGAAACAUCUGGAGGGCCGAAGUUUGGGGAUGCCUGCUCUAGCCUUUCCUUAGCCAGAACGCCCUUUGUAACACUCCGGGAGGGGCAGCUUUCUUUUUUUCUACACAGUCUUAAUUCGAAGCCAAAUCUAAUUUAUUUCCACGUGGAAUAAUGAAAUAAAUGGUUCUUUCAGGAAAAUGCUUGUCUUUCAUGUUUGGGGAGGAGCGAAAGAGAACAUGGCGGACACACAUGCAUGGUUGAAGAAACGGAUCAACUGUCUUUAGGCUCAUAGGGCAAGUCCCUCCUCUAACGGGAACACGGCCCGGGAUUUCUCAAAGGCAAGCAAGUCAUGUAAACACAUUUUGUAUCUCCGUCUUCUCGAAACGUAACAGAGCAUGUUGUGGUUUCUCCAGCUGCCGUGCCGACAGUACGGUAAUUCUUCACAGCUUCUUAACGGGCAGUUUUCUUCAAGCAAGUUCUUGUGCCACCUCUCUUUAGCAAGAAUUAACCAGAAAGUUUCACAAAGGUGGUGUAACUCUUGAGCAACCCCCAAUUCCCCUCCUCAGAGCUCAAAUUUCUAGAGUGGUUUAAUACUAAAGUCUCUUCAGGGAACUGUAUCUGCGGGAGGGCAAUAGGGGGUCUCCUAGCCAUUUUCAGCGCCCUUAGCAAACCCAAGGCUGUUUAAUGUGCUAGGACUCUUUUAAAAAGGGUUAGUGCAGAUGUGGGCUACGUGUCAUAAGUGGAUUAUAGGAUUACAGGGACGCGGGUGGCACUGUGGUCUGAACCACUGAGCCUCUUGGGCUUGGCAAUCAGAAGGUCGGCGGUUCGAAUCCCCGUGACGGAGCGAGCUCCUGUUGCUCUGUCCCAGCUCCUGCCGACCUAGCAGUUCGAAAGCACACCAAUGCAAGUAGAUAAAUAGGUAAUGCUGCAGCGGGAAGAUAAAUGGCAUUUCUGUGUGCCCUGGUUUCCGUCAUGCUGGCUCCCUCGGCCUGAAAGUGCCAACCUAGCAGUUCGAAAGCACACCAAUGCAAGUAGAUAAAUAGGUACUGUUGCAGCGGGAAGAUAAAUGGCAUUUCUGUGCGCCCUGGUUUCCGUCAUGGUGUCAUGCUGGCUCCCUCGGCUUGAAAGUGAGAUGAGCGCUGCAACCCCCCCCCCCGAGUCGCCUUUGACUGGACUUAACCAUCCAAGGGUCCUUUACCUUUUAUUUUUUAAAAAACCUUAGUGUUAUACUUUUAUCUUAAGAAUGUGGACAAACGUGUCCCAAGUAUUCUGUUUCCAGCCGUUUUGCUGUCUUACUGCAACUUCACACAACACAGCAAAAGGCGGAUUUCUGCAUUUCCAAAGCAAGUCAAAAAUAGGUAUUUUUUGCACAUUUGGAUAGUUUCUCUCCCCACGCACCCCUUGCAUAUUUAAAUUGUCCUUAAGGUGAUGUAAGGCAUGACACAUAUUCUGUGGUGGUAGCCAAUUCACACACGACGUCAACCUGUGAGGAUGCACUCAUUCAGGAAUGAACAUGCAUGUGUAAAAACAGAUCAGUGUACAGUGAUCAAGUGUAAUUUGUUUAUUUCCUGCCUUUUCGCCUGAUGGGACACAAAUGUGAAGCAGCCCCCCGUUGUCCUUCCAAAUUUUACAAGCGGUGCAUAGUCGGCCUGUAAUUUAAAUGCAAAAACCUGCCAUUGCUGUAACAUGAAGCAUUGCAAUGAAAGAAUUAAGUGGAUGGUGACAUCUCCCUUCAAAAUUACAGGAAGGGCUUCGUAUGCCAGCUUCAAUGAUUCCUUCAUUUGGUUUUUAUUUACAGUAUAAACAGGACUCUGUUUUCGCACCCAAUCUCUCACACACACACACACAAACACACACCACUUUUAAUUCUUCUCUAAGAUGUGGAGGGAAAAGGAAAACCGGGACAUUCUGGGAUCAAAUGAGAAACUGAGAUGGCUUCUGUAAUUCCAGGACUGUCCCUGGAAAACCGGGAGACUUUUGAGGGUAUGCAGUCCACAAGGGAGGAAGCAACAACAGGUCUCCGCAGUUCUGACAAAGACGCAAAAGACAACCUUGAAGGAGUUCGUGUUUGUUUAUUUUUCAUAGGUAUUUCCCCAUUUCAUUUCUAGCAAAAACAAAUCAAGGAAAGCUGCUGAAAGAGGUUUGAGGAAGUGACACUUUGAAGAGCUCGGCUGGUGGAGCUGCUGCGUGUGGGAAGAGGAAGGAGGGGGAUUUGCGGGUGGGCCCUGUGAGCCCCAGAACUCUUUUCAUUCUUGGCAUCCUUUGCCCCACCCCUUUGGCAGCCC